UUAUCAAUAAUCAAAAUAAGUUCGUGUUACUCUUGCGAAUGAUUGACCUUGGCCAUUGUGAUACUGAUGUAAUAGGAUCUUUCCCAGAUGGAAAAGGCAAGAUAGUGUUGCACUAUGYYAAUGUUACAUGAURCAUUUUAUUGAUGCAUUGUCUUAUUUACCAGGAAAAAUAAGUGCURGGAUUAACUUGAUUUUUAUUGACUAAAAAUGAUCUUGCCCAGAAUUGCAUUAGAGUUGCAUAGGAGCCAUAGCGCACGAUCGUAAGCAUUUCUGACAAUCGUGGUUUAUAGGCAGACGAUAGAUUUUCAUUUAGAAUUUCGUCAUAAACAUGACAUGCCCGUGUGUGUGGUGAUAUGCAAUAUUUACUCUCAUAUUUUCAUUGAUCGGAAUCCGCCUAUAYUACCUAAUGUAUCCUCAAGUUCUUUUUAAUCUCUCAAACAGCCUAUUUCUAAUGGCUAGUAGAGAGACACGUCACGUGAUACAGUAACGGAGGAUCAAUUCUGUAGACCCGUAGURUAUUUGGGUGUUCAUGAUACAGCGUACAUUGUUGUUCUGUUUCCUAGCAAGGCUUUUGUUUUAAGUUAUUGUACAACUUGCGUACAUGCAUUUGUUUUGUUCAGUUUAUUUUCUUGUAAUCAUUUAUUGCCGAAGCUUAACACUUAUUGAUAAUUUGAAAUACUGUUUGAAAAAUUCCAACGUUUAUUGUAGGAUAAGAUUGUAGCAAUAAAAUUAGAACGGUUAGCUUCAAUACUGUUAUCAAAUAUUGGUAUUUCAUGUUGAUCUCUUUGCUCGUCAAUGCGUGCCUUAAAUAUAAGGGCCACGUCUUUUUUUAAUAUUACGAAUGAAUCUUUGUUAUAGGUUGAGAUUAAACUUUUCAUGGCAUGUUGCAAACGUCGGGAUAUGAUUUCGUGCACAUAUAUUUGCAUCGAUAGAAACAUAUGGAAAUUUAUCAUUCUUCGUAUCAUGAUGUCAGAGUAGAAUCUGUAAUUUAAUCGAAUGUGUAGAAAUUAGCGACUGUCAUACAGCGCAUGCUGCUCCUCGGUCGUCUCGAUAACGAUCGUUAUAGCGAUGGAAUUUGUUUAAAAGACAUACAACGCUAGAAAAACAUGAAAAACGUAGGAAAAUGGCUUUUGUAGAGAUAAAAGAAACGUUACGUAUGAACAGUUUUUAUUAACCUUAGAACACUAAAAUGCAACCGUUACAAACAAGUGAGAAAAAAUAAUGUAAUGGAAUGCUAUAAUAUUCCUACAGAUAACGCAAUCGAUGUUCCGUAAGCCUUAAAACCUAGUUCGAUCGUGCAUGUGGGUUUCAGAGGGAAGAUAUUAAAGACAUUUAGGUGUUGCAGAUUUUUGUAAAAAGAAGUCUGAAAAAUCUUGGAAAAACUACUAUUACGCUAAAAGAAACGUAUUUAGCCUAAAGAAGACUGUUUUGUAAAAUCAAAUUACUAGGUUAUAGAGGAUAUUCAAGAAAAAUAUUAAUAGCAUUGGCGGACACAAGUAUAAUUCCGAGUUGAACGAACCGUAGGAAUAACUUGGGCCAGUCCUGUACCUACCCACACGCGUCUAAACGUUGUUGGACUAUACCCCAACAUAUGGUAGAAAACAGUUACCUUCCUACCCAAGCGUGUUUCGUACGGAAGGAAAGCCUGAAUUUUAUUGAUUUAGAAUUGAUAUUUAGUUAGAGUCUUAAAAUAAUUGAACUCCUAAGCGCCUGCUUAUGCUAAAAAGUAAUGAAUUGAAAGAAAUAAAAGGAUAACCUGAAGACAAUAAAUCGUUAUCGCGAUUUCAGUUGGAAAAGCUUUGUGCAGCUGUGCUUGCCCGUAACGGAGAAGGAAGGAACGUUAGAAGUGGUCGUGGAGUGGGGAGGUAGAAGCAAUAUGUCUACUAGUAAUCCGUGUCGCUUGGGAUUUACUCACGAUUCAAUUCCGAUUGAUCAUAAGUUUUUACCCUUUUAAUUAUUAUUCGUGGAAGGUUAAUUAAACUUUAGGUUAAAAUGUUUGGCGAAGGUGCUAUGUGGGAUGAUUAUGGGAACAAUAAUGAGGACAAGAGCAAAGAAGAACAGCCUGAAAGACUUGUGAUAGAUGUGGAUAUACCAAUGCUGAAGGUUGAACCAUUGUCCCCAACAGCUAGCGACUCUUACGAAUCCUCACAGAGUCCAUUAAGUUUACCAAUUGUUACCCCAGUUAAAUUAAAGGAUCCAAUUAUUCUUCUUGAAAAAUGUGAUAAAAUUUGGAAAACCCUCCAAUUAAUUAAAAAUGUACAAAGUAAUGGGUCAGAAAAUAUGAUUACUAGUACUAUGUCUUCUUCUUUAAAAGAUCCACAUAUUAUAUAUCAACCAAUACUGGGCAAUAACAACAGUGCACUACCAAAUUUCAAAUUCUCUGUUAAGAGCACUAAAAAAUUAUAUCAUUGCAAUGUAUGUGGUAAAGAGUACAGCGAAAAUCGAACUCUUAGGUCACAUUCGCAAAAAGUACAUGGGAUAUAUAUACCACCUAAACGUAUACGCAGUAAACCAAAACCCAAAGAAAUUUGUAGCGAAAAUAUUACUUCCGAUCUUACUACAAAAAUUGCAAGCAUAAGAAUGAAUGAAAAUAGUAGCCCUAUUGAGAAGAAAAUUAAUGUCUUAGAUAAGGAUAUGACCCAAACAAAAUAUGAUUCCUAUCGCGGAAAAUGUCCGCUAUGUAAACGCGCUAUAACAAGCUUGCGCAAGCAUUUAACUGAAUACCAUAAAAUUGGGUGUCCAGGUCUUGUUAUCAAAGAAUUAGAAAGUAAUGCGAUAGAGUCUUCAAACCUUAAUCUUCAGAAUCUUACGAAAGCAAUGAUUAAUACAAUCACCUCGUCUGAGAAUUCUGAAAAUGAUAACAAAAUGAUGCUUCAAUUAAUGAAUCCAAACGAAGUCAAAUCGAAUGAAAAUGAAACAUCAAAUGUUGAAAAUGAUUCCCAGAAUUUACAGUCAAAAAAAAUGUCAAGAUUCCUAUGUGACAUAUGUUAUGGAGUAUAUGCCAGUAGUAGUUUCUCUAAACAUAGGCGUAUUCAUAGGAAGCGUGGUGAAACUAAGGAUAAUUUUGAUAUUUUUAAUUGUCGUUACGUAAAUUCUCCAUUAAAUAACAAACGGACAUUAAUGUCAACUGCUUUACAAAAUCAAGAAAAGAGUAAAAUGGUUUUAUUGGAUUUUAUGGAAAAUGACAAUUUACAAAAUCCUAAAUCUAAUACUAAUAACAAAAAUAAUAAUAAUAAUAAUAAGAGAAGAAGAAAAAGAAGAAGAAGAGUAAGUACAAAUAAUCUUAAUAGGUCAUGUAUUUGUGGCAGAACAUUUCGUAAUUACCAUACUUUAAUAUUACACAAAAAUAGUUGUAAAUUGAAAGAUAACAGCGAAACAGACUCCAUUACGGAAGACAAUCUUGAUCGAGAUUCCUCUAGUGGUAUUAAUAUUAAAAUAAAGAAAAAAAACGAUUCUUAUGAAAUAGUUAGCAAAGAUAGCAGCGAUGAAAAUAAACCUAAGGAUUCUGGCCAUCCUCAUGAUCAUGAUACACUGUCAAACAUUUCAGAAUUAAUUAUGGAAGGAGGUAUUAAAAAAUCUCAAGAAAAUCAUUCACUGGACAUACUUGAAUCCUUUAAAUACAGCACAGAACAACACAGCAUAUUGAAAAUAAAAACGAUUAAUGAAAACAUUGAUAUUAAUAUAGAAGAAAAUUCGAGGAAUUUUGUAGUUAAUGACAGGGAAGAAAAUAAACAGAUUGACGAAGAAGAGAUACAUAUUUCUGAGAUACAGGAAGAAAAAGGAAAUGUUGAAGUAGUGCCUACGUAUUUGUGCGAGGCAAUUAUGUCUGAACAAUCAGAAACGGCAGAUGAUUCAAAUAUUUUAAAAGCAAAGAAAAGAUCUAUCAAUGCAAAUAACACUAGUGAUCCUAUCAAACCUAAAAAACCAAAUUUAAUAAAUAUAACAAAAAAUAUAAGUAUUCUAAAAAGAAGAAAGGAGAACCAAAUGAAAUAUAAUAAUCAAAAGUUAAUAAAUACACCAUCGUAUGUGAACACCAUCUGUCCCUGCGGUGAAUUAUUUUCAACUGUGAAUAGUUGCAACGCGCAUAUAACUAAAUGUCAUCCAUUAUUUCUCAGAUGUGGUUUUUGUACUGAAAGAUUCAGUACUAUUGGCGAAUACAAUAACCACAGAUGUAAUGUGGAAGAGGGAAAAAUGUUUACUGAAUUACAAAUAGAUAUGUCUUGUCCUUUUUGUCACAUUAUCAUAAGAAAUAAAAAUGAAUUUGAUCAACAUAUUAAAUUUCAACAUUUUGAUCCAGAAUUACCUUAUCAAUGUCACGAAUGCACAAAAAAAUUUCCUAGUAGUACAGGAUGUCAAUUACAUUUUCAAAGAGCACAUGGCAAAUGUUUAUGUAACGUUUGUGGUAAAAAAUUAUCAGCUGCAACAAAACUUAGACACGAAGGAUAUCAUUAUGGUCUUGGCUUUCCAUGUCACAUCUGUAAAAAGACCCAUCCAACUCGAAAACAUUUAAGUAGUCAUACAAGAAAUAUACACGGAGACACUGAAACGUUAGUAACAUGUAAUAUUUGCUUAAAAAGGGUCAAGAAAAAAUCAUAUAGCUGGCAUUGUUAUGCUCACAAGACUGUAACAUGGUGCAAACUAUGUAAGAAGGUCUAUUGUGAUGCAAGAACUUUAGAACAUCAUAUUAUAUCGUCUCAUAAAGGUAAGUAUCCUUGGAUUAAAUGCAAUUUUUGUACCAGGAAAUUUUGCAAUAGAAGGUUUCUGGAAACCCAUAUAAGAAGAGAAAAAUGUAAUCGUGAUUAUCUUCAAAUUCGAAGAAAAAACAAAAAGAAUCCAAAGGAUCAUCAUUUACUACACAGUUAGUGUUUUAAGGCAAUGUAUUUUUAUAACCUUAAAGCAAUUUUAUUUCCUUGAUAUUUCCUUGAUAUUUCCUUAAUAUUUCCUUAAUAAGAAUUACAUAAAAUUACCGUAUUUAUAUAUAUGUAAUUUUAUUUUAUUUGAUAAAUUGCUAAGUUAAAAAUACUUUACAAUUUGAUUUAGACUUAACAAAUUCAUCAUCAAUAUCGUUAAUAUAAAAUAGUGUCAUUCCCUUUAUUGAAAAUAAUAUUGACCGUUAUAUGUUGCAAUUAAAUAAAUAGUAUUUUGUAAUAUUAUUAAACGUUCAUGAAUACUUCUAUAA